AUGCUCCGCGCUCAACAGGUCGCGCUCCUCGCGGCUGGCACUGGCCUUCUUGCUGGUAUCAGUCCGCUCAAGAAGCUCCUUGCACCACACGUGCAGGUGUCUGCCCCUCUCCUGGGGUGGUCGCUUGCUUCUCUCGCUUGGUCGCUUCUCCUCCUCGGUGCGGCUGGUAGCUUCCACACACCGCUCGUCUUCAUGUGGAACUGCUUUAUCAAGCCCUUCCUCAAGACCGAGGACAAGUUUGACCAAAAGUCGCGCCUCGACUCGUUCUACGAUGGCCAGGCGGAUGUCUACGACAGCACCCGCUCGCACCUCCUCAAGGGCCGCGAGACGAUGCUCCAGCUCCUCAGUGCCCACCUCAAGGCCCAGCCCGUGCCCCAGCGCUCCGUCAACGAAGCCCCCAAGCCCCGCAUCUGGGUCGACAUUGGCGGCGGUACCGGCUGGAACAUUGAGAAGAUGGACGAGUACCUCCCGCACACGUACUUUGACAAGAUCUACCUCGUGGACCUCUGUGAGCCCCUCCUCGAGGUCGCUCGCAAGCGCUUUGCCGCCAAGGGCUGGAAGAAUGUCCACGUGCUGUGCCAGGACGCGUCUCGCUUCGUCCUCCCCGAGUGGGAGUCUGGAGAGCUCGACCCCCGCGGCUCGCUCACUGCUGUCACUCUCUCGUACUCGCUUUCAAUGAUCCCUCCCUUCUACCAGCUCCUGGACCGCUGCGACCAGGUUCUCGACCCCGAGCGAGGUCUCAUUGGUGUCGUCGACUUUUACACCUCGCGCGACCUUGGUAUCAAGGAGCGGGCUAUUGGCACCCAGUCGAAGCGCGUCUCGUGGAUUUCCAAGUGGUUCUGGGAGUGCUGGUUCGAGCUUGACAAUGUCCACCUCCACGGCUCGCGUCGCGACUACCUCGAGUACAAGAUGGGCACGAUCAAGACGUACAACGGGCGCAACAACUUCCUCCAGUCGUGGUUUGUCCAGAUCCCUUACUACAUCUUCCUCGGCUGCUCGCGUGAGCGCGAUGCCACCUCGGCGUCGCGUGCUUUUGAGAUUGAGGCUGGUAACCGUCUUGGCCAGGGCCGCGGCGGCCUCAUGACCCCCACAUCUCCCUUUGUCUCGCCCGCUCUCGGCUCUGACCUCAAGAUGGCCGCUAUCCCCGAGCUCACGAUUGGCCCCGGUGCUCUUGAGCGUGCCUCUGCGGACGGCUACGAGCUCACUCUCCGCGACGUCGGUGCUCCCCUCUCGCCCUUCCACUACCACCUCCGCAAGGCAUGGCGUGUCCCUUACCUCGAGGAGAAGAUCCACCAGCAGUUCCGUACCCACAUCUACGGCUGGACCUGGGAGGACCCCGACGUCGACGUCAAGCGUCUCGGUAUCAACAAGGACGACCACGUGCUCGCCAUCACGUCGGCUGGUGACAACGUCCUCCACUACGCUCUCGCUGCCAAGUGUGCUCGUAUCCACGCUGUCGACAUGAACCCGUGCCAGGGCCACAUUCUCGAGCUCAAGCUCGCUGCCAUCCAGACGAUCGAGUAUGCCGACUUUUGGCUCAUCUUUGGCGAGGGCUACCACCCAGACUUUGAGCGCCUCCUCACCACCAAGAUGUCCCCCUUCCUCUCCGCCCACGCCUACGCCUACUGGAAGACCCAUGCCAACCAGUUUGCGCGCAACUUCUACUUCCGCGGAUACUCUGGCUGGGCGCUGCGUGUUGCCCAGGUCGCCUUUGCCCUCGCCGGUGUCUCGGGCGAGGUCAAGAAGAUCCUUGCGGCCAAGACGGUCGCUGAGCAGCAGCAGAUCUGGGACAAGAGCUUCCGCCCCGUGUUCCUCAACAAGUUUAUGCUCAAGGCUGUCCUCGGCAACCCCGUGUUCAACUGGCACGCCCUCGGUGUCCCCCGCAACCAGAUGAACUGCUUCCUCCAGGACGGCUCUGUGGCGGACUUUGUCAAGGCCACGCUGGACCCUGUUCCGGGCAUCUCGACCCUCAAGGACGACAACUACUUUUACUACCUCUGUCUCAAGGGCCGCUACUCGCGCACCUCGUGCCCCGCUUACCUCAAGCCCGAGGGCUUCAAGACCCUCCGCGACGCCAAGGUUAACAAUGCAUUCAAGCUCCACACCGACACCAUUCUCAAUGUGCUUCGCGGUCUUCCCGACGGCAACCUGACCAAGAUCAUCGUCAUGGACUCGAUGGACUGGUUCGACCCUAUCCCGGCCAAGACCCCCUUGCCCCCCUACGGCUCGCAGGCUCUGGACGAGCUCGACCAGUCGCCCGAGGCGGCGUACGAGCACCUGCGCUCCGAGCUCGACUUUGAGAUUCUCGAGAUGCGCCGCGUCCUCGCUGUGGGCGGCCACGCCAUCUGGCGCUCGGCGGCAAAAUACCCGUGGUACCGCCAACGCUUUGAGCUGGCGGGCUUCAAGGUCGAGCCCAUCGACAUCCGCGAGAACGGCCAGGCCAUCGACCGCGUCAACAUGUAUGCGUCGUCUGACAGACAGUCUGGCGCGCCGAGAAGCUCGCCUAGGCUGGUCCCCUGGCCAGGACCUCGGACGGCAUAG